UUCUAUGAAAUACUAUUGGGCGUGCGUGCAGGUACCGAGCAGGUACCGCGCGUGCAGGUUAAACGCGAUGGCGGUGCAGGUGCAUCAAGAAAGGACGGAUUCGGUCCGCGGUCUAUAUUUGAAUAGUGUCUCUGCACUGCAGCCAGUGGUCAUUGUAUUUGAUUAGUGAAUUUAUACGGUAACUUCCGUAUCUCUCAGCCCACCAGAGCUUCCGUAUUAACUGAGUUUCUCAGUCUACCCUGUCUGGAUUUUUGACUUUGUAAAGCUAUGCGGUCAAUUCCGGAGGAGUUAACGACGCUUAUUUCAGAUCUUGAAGAUUUCCUCUUCGAUGGUCUGAAAGGAGAGAAUUUGAGUAAGAAGGCAAAGGAGAAAAGAGAAGCCUUCAUAAAGCGGAUCAAAGAGGUCAAAUCUGGAUACCCUCAAGAGUUCAACGAGAAUCGAGAUGCAGAGGACUCUGAAGAGGAUGAAGUGGAGGACAGCAACAAUGAUGGAGGGUCACUGCAUUCAGAACGCACAGAUAAGGAGGAUGAGACCUGUGAAGGUGCUCAGCAGUCUCUAGCCGUGGCGGCUCAGGACCUUCAGUCUGUCUUCAAGGCCGGACACCUGGAGAAACGCAGGAAGGAUCACAGCUUCUUUGGCACAGAGUGGCAGAAGAGAUGGUGCGCUUUGAGCAACCAGACAUUCUACUACUACGGUAGUGAGAAAGACAAGCAGCAGAAGGGCGAGUUUGCAAUUGAUGGCUACAGUGUCAAGAUGAAUAACACCCUGCGAAAAGAUUCCAAGAAAGAUUGCUGCUUUGAAAUUUCUUCCUCUGACAAGCGAGUAUAUCAGUUCUGUGCGUCAUCUCAGAAAGAGGCCGAGGAAUGGGUGGAGCAGAUAGAUUUUGUGUUGAGAGACAUGUCAGGGAUCAUUCCAUUGGACGAGGAGGAUCAAGAGACGUACGAUGACAUUGGCGCUGUCGAGGCGGCGCCUAUUGACGAUGACAUCUACGAAAUACUCCCAGAGGAGGACAUGUCCGCUCCUCCCUUGCCCACACCUCCAAAGCCCAAGGUGGAACCACCCACGCCACACAGCAAACCCACCCCACCCACUACAGCUGCAGUGAAUAAGAUCACAGACUACCAGAACUACUAUCAGGGGAUAUGGGACUGUACAGGAGAUCAACCAGAUGAACUGUCCUUCAGACGGGGAGACGCCAUCUACAUCCUCAGCAAGGAGUACCAGAACUAUGGUUGGUGGAUCGGGGAGAUGAAGGGGUCUGUUGGCAUCGUCCCUAAAGAGUACCUCAUGGAGUUGUACGCCAUUUAAAGGCCUGAGUAGGGCAUCUAAAUCCAAUCAUCUUCCAUGUGAGAUGCAUGGAAACAGACCAUAUCUGUAGAGGACACUGAACUAAGCAGCAAAGCCAACUGUCUGUAGCAAAAUGAAAACUAUCAGAUGCAUGUCGUGUCGAUCUCGCUAAGCGCUUUAAGGAGUUGUCUCAGCAGACUGAGUUCAGUAAACUGCCUUUCCUUUAUUAUCUCCCCAUUUCCCCUUUUCAUACACUUUGUAUUGUGAACUGUCUAGAAUGAAUCGCUUAUGGAGUCUUUGUAUUGUGAACUGUCUAGAAUGAAUCGCUUAUGGAGUCUUUGUAUUGUGAACUGUCUAGAAUGAAUCGCUUAUGGAGUC